AUGGCUGGUAGAGAGGGAGAGCUGGGUGUCAUCCGCGUAGCAGUGGAAAUUUAUAUUGUGUCUACGGAAGAUGUGACCAAGCGGGAGGAUGUAAAUGAUGAAGAGAAGGGGACCCAGGACAGAACCCUGGGGCACGCCGGCGGAGACAGAGAAGGUCACCUGGAGGACCAAGUCAAGGUCUCGGAGCUGGGCCGGGUCUCUCUCCCCUCCUGGCUCCACUGGGACUCGGGCCUCCAGCUGCUGCAGGGUCUUCCUCUGGACGAGGACAAGGGCGUCCACUACAUCUCCGUCUCGUCCCCGUCCCAGACGGAGGUCUUCUCCUUGGAGGUGCGUCCCGAGGACCAGCCGGACGGGGACGCCGCCGGGGACGAGCCGUGCGGCGGCGAGGAGCCGGUCACGCUGCUGACCGUGGUCCUGGACGCCGACCUGACCAAGAUGAGCGCCGGCCAGCGGGUGGCGCUGCUGCGGCGCAUGAGCGGCUUCUCCGGGGUGGAGCCGCCCCGCAUGAGGAUCCUCCCCGUGGUCAACAACCGGCUCUUCGACAUGACGGCCUUCAUGGCCGGACCCGGGAACGCCAAGAAGGUGGUGGAGAACGGCGCUCUGCUGUCCUGGAAGCUGGGCUGCGGUCUGGACCAGACCUCGGUCCCGGACCUCAGCAGCGUCCAGGUCCCGGCCCGGGAGGGGGGCAUGUCGGCCCGGCUGGGCUUCCCGGUGGUGGGCUGGCACGUCGCCAACAAGAAGCCGCCCCUCCCCCGGCGGGUGCGGCGGCAGCUCGGCAGCACCCCCACCCCCGUCCUGGCCGCCGUCCCCCCCACCGCGGCGGCGGAGCCCCCGGCCAGGGUCGUCCCGUCCCCGUCCUCGCCGGCCGUCGCCGGGCCCACCGACAGCUCGGCGCCGCCCGUCAGGGGCCCGGUGCCGCUGCCGGGGAAGCCCACCAUCAGAGUCCGGGACCCCGUCGCCCACACCCCCACUGCCGCGCCGUCGCCCCCCACCAGGCUGAUGGAGACCACCAGCACCUUGUCCAUCCGGCCCACCUCCACCCGGCCCACGGUGCCGGAGGCCACCGCCGCCCCGCCCCUCAACACCACCAAGUCCACCCGCAGACAUAAAGGAUCCAAAACCACCCCGCCGUCCAGGGGGCCCAAGACCUCCACCCCGAAGCCCCCCAGGAGCACCACGCCCGCCAGCACCACGCCCGCCAGCACCACGCCCGCCAGCACCACGCCCCCCGGCACCACGCCGGCGCCCCCCGCUGUCCCGGACCCGUACAACGAGAAGCCGGUGCUGCGGAACCCCAUCGACCAGGUCAGCGCCCUGGUGGGAACCUACUUCGAGGUGAAGAUCCCGUCCGACACGUUCUUCGACAAAGAGGACGGAACCACGGACAAGCUGCGCCUCAGCCUGCGGCAGAACCACCGUGAGGCGGUGGGGGACGGGUCCUGGAUCCAGUUCAACGCCACCAGCCAGCUGCUGUACGGCCUGCCGGACGUCCAGCACGUCGGCAAGCACGAGUACUUCAUGCAGGCCGCCGACAAGGGCGGCCUGACCGCCGUGGACGCCAUCGAGGUGCGCGUCGGCCGCUGGCCCGCCAACGACAAGACGCCGGUCCUGUUCACGGCCCGGUUCGAGGGCCAGCCACGCUCCGUCACCGGCGACGUCCACCGGAAGAUCCUGCUGGUGAAGAAGCUGGCCGCCGCGCUGGGCGACCGCAACAGCAGCGCCGUCAGCCUGCGCAACAUCACCAAGGGCUCGGUGGUGGUGCAGUGGACCAACAGCAGCCUGCCGCAGGAGCCCUGCCCCCGGGACCAGCUGGCCGCCAUGAGCCGGGCGCUGGCCGACGCCCAGGGCCGGCCCUCGCCUGCGUUCCGCCACGCCAUGGAGCCCGAGUUCCGGCCGCUGGACGUGGCGGUGCGGGGGCGGGGCAGCUGCCGCGCCUUCUCCUUCGUCCCCCCCGGGGAGCUGGACGUCCCGGAGCCGCCGGCCGUCACCCCCGGCGUGGGGUCCAGCCGGGACAGCGCCGACGACGUGUACCUGCACACCGUCAUCCCCGCCGUGGUGGUGGCGGCCAUCUUGCUGACGGCGGGGGUCGUGGCCAUGAUCUGCUACCGGAAGAAGCGGAAGGGCCAGCUGACGCUGGAGGACCAGGCCACCUUCAUCAAGAAGGGCGUCCCCAUCAUCUUCGCCGAUGAGCUGGACGACUCCAAGCCGCCGCCGUCCUCCAGCGUCCCGCUCAUCCUCCAGGAGGAGAAACCGCCGCUGCCGCCGCCCGAGUACCCCAACGUGGCCACGCCCGAGACCACGCCCCUCAACCCGGAGCUGCUGGGGGAGUACACCGCCCUGCGGGACGAGGACCCCAACGCGCCGCCCUACCAGCCGCCGCCCCCCUUCACCACGCCCAUGGAGGGCAAAGGCUCCCGGCCCAAGAACAUGACCCCCUACAGGUCGCCGCCCCCUUACGUGCCGCCCUAAGACUGGGGGGCGGGGCCGGGACGCCCGAGGACCCGCAGCAUUGUCCCCCCUGCUGUCUGUCUGUCUGGACAGGAAGGGACGGCGAGGUGCUAACGUCCACUGCAGCUCACAGGGUCUGGCUCAGGG